AUGGCCGGCGGGUUGACGGCCCUCGUCCGGCGCGUGCAGGUCGCCCGUGAGACGGACGUGGCCACGACGGCCUACAUGAACCGCGACACCAGGCCGCUCCCGCCGCACCGCCGCACCUACGGGCCGUGGCAGUUCGUCGGCCUCUGGGUCGUCACGGGCUCCUUCAACAUCGGCGGCUGGACCACGGGCUCCUCGCUCAUCGCCCUCGGCCUCAACGUCUGGCAGGCCAUGCUGACCGUAGUCGUCGGCCACUGCAUUGUCGGCGUCGUCUGCGUGCUCGCCGGCGCCCCGGGGGCCAAGUGGCACAUCGGCUUCUCCAUCCUCCAGAAGGCCAGCUGGGGCAUGCGCGGCGCCCUGUUCCCCCUCGUCCAGCGCAUCGUGCUGUCCUUCAUCUGGUACUCGACCCAGGUUUACUGGGGCGGCCAAUGCGUGCGGACCUUCAUCUCAUCCAUGGCGCCCUCCUUCAGCCAGAGCCUCAGCACGCCCCUGGCCGGCGGCACCAUGACGACCGCCGACUUUGUCGGCUUCAUCCUCUUCUCGCUGCUCUGCCUGCCGCUCAUCUACGUCCGCCCGGAGCGCUACCACGUGCCCUUCGCCGUUGCCGCCUGUACCGUCAUCCCGACUGUCCUCGCGCUGCUCGUGUGGUGCGUCGCCACGGCCGGCGGCGCGGGGCCGAUGGUCUCCGACAUCACGGCGACGGCCGGCGUCGAGCAGGCCCGGGGCGCCCGGCUCGGCUGGAUGCUGGCGCUGGGCGUGUGCACCAACAUCGGCGGCAUCAGCACGCACAUCUUCAGCCAGUCCGACUUCACCCGCUUCGCCCGGCGGCCGCGCGACCAGCUCGUCUCGCAGCUGCUCUUCGUGCCCUUCAACACCAUCCUCGUCGCCCUCGCCGGCAUCAUAUGCACCUCGUGCGCCGCCCAGCUGUUCCCGGGCACCCACGGCACGCUCGUGUGGGAGCCCUACCGCUUCCUCGACGCGCUGCAGGCGCACUACGGCCACUCGCCCGGCGCGAGGGCCGCCGUCUUCUUCGCGAGCCUGGCCUUCAUCCUGGCCCAGCUCGGCAUCGCCGUCGCCGAGAACGCGCUGUCCAACGGCAUCGACCUGUCGGCCCUGCUGCCGCGCUUCUUCAAUCUGCGCCGCGGCGGCUACCUGACGGCGGCCUUCGCCUUCGUCAUGCAGCCGUGGCAGCUGAUGAACGGCGCGAGUAAGUUCCUGACCGUCAUGGGCGGCUACGGCGUCUUCCUCGGGUCCAUGACGGGCGUCAUGUUCGCCGACUACUACCUCGUGCGCGCCCGCCGCCUCAAGCUGACGCACCUGUACGAGGCCACGCCCGAGAGCAUCUACUGGUUCCACGGCGGCGUCAACUGGCGCGCCGCCGUCUCCUGGACGCUGGGCACCUUUAGCCUGCUGCCGGGCUUCGUGCAGCGCGUGAGGGACCCGGCCGUCGAGGUGGCGGGCUGGUCUCACCUGUACUACCUCGCCUGGCCGCUGGGGUGCACGCUGGCCGGCGGGACGUACUGGCUCUUGCACGGCGCGUUCCCCAUCAGGGACCCGCGCGCCGUGGACGAUGCCGACUACUUUGGCACCUUUGGGCCGGCCGAGACGGCGGGGGUGCAGGUGCUCGACGGGCGGGAGCAGACGCCGUCCAAGGCCUCGGCCGAGAUGGGCGAGGACAAGAUAGCGUAG